AUGAGCGAAGACAUCAUCAUGACAGCCGACUUGACGAAAGGUUUAUUGAGGGAUCUUAAAAAACUUCAUGAAUUUGAUGAGGAUUAUAAUGUCAUCCUCAAAAUUGGUAGAGGGUUCGACAUAAAUAGUUUUAAUGCACAUACGGUAAUAUUAAAAGCCAGGUCACAAUAUUUUAAAAAUGUCUUAAAGGAUCUUAAAAAGAACAAGUUAUUUAAGAAAGAAAAUGUUCUCACUUUGGAAGUACCUCAUAUCUCUGCUGAUGCUUUUAAAAUUGUUUUAAAAUAUAUUUACACAGGAACCAUUUCCUUGAAUGAUAUCACGAAUCAAGAAUCCGUGUUUUUCAUGCUUGACUUGAUAAUUGCGGCCGAUGAAUUAGAACUUUACGAUUUAGUGGAUUACUUACAAGAUUAUAUUAUCGAAAAUCAUUCAGAUUGGGUUAAAGAUAAUUUAAUUAAAAUUUAUCAAAUAUCAUAUGAUAUUAAAAAUUGGGAUCUUAAUGUUUUUACGAAAUUGCGAGAUAGAUUAAGUAAUUUAAUUCAGUUUAUUCGAUUCUUUACCAUACCCGCUGCUAAUUACAUUGAAGACAUUCGUCCUUAUGGAAUGGUAUUACCAGAAAAAUUGAAAGAAGAUGUAGAAAAAUAUUAUAUCAUGCCAAAUAGUAAACCACCCUCACAUGCGCUACCACCGAGAAUUUUGCCUAAUAAGGUUACGGUAGACUCAACUGCUUCGGAACCAAAACUUUGGCCUGAUGAUUUUAACGAUUGUGAUAAUAAUGCUAAAGUGCCUGAAACCGAUUCACAGUCCUCCCGAGAUAGUUUAUUAUCACCAAGUCCCGACAUAGAUUUCGAUUCUGUAUUAAUUAACAAAAAUCAAAUUAAACUUAUAUCACGUUGGAUAGUUGGAAGUCAUAAUUUAGGAAUUCACGGUGGCAUAAAUAAUAUAAAUAGGUUUAUUUUAUUGACAAGGGGAAAUAGGGAUGGCAUGUCAGGAGACGGUUUUCACUCGCGAUGCGAUAAUAAAGGACCAACCAUAGUGUUGGCAAAAGUUGACAAGACUAAUGUUAUUGUUGGAGGAUAUAAUCCCAAUUCAUGGAGUAGUUCUAACAAGUGGAUUGCGACAAAUCAAUGUUUUAUAUUUUCAUUCAAGUCUGACGGGUACAGAGAAGGAAUUGAUGAUAUUAUUCUGAGUAGAAUAAAAAAUCCAAACGUAGCGAUUUUUGACGGGGAUAGUAAUUACGAUAUUGGAUUUAGUGAUCUACAAUUAUUUUCCGGGAAAUACGAACAUAAAAGAAACUUAUGA